AUGCUGGAACGAAACAACGUACGAAGAAAAAAAAACGGGCUAGGGCUUCAAUCGUGUUCUUCAGCCAACAGCUUCAUCCGCCAUAGCCGGCCACCUGCAGCCUCUUCUGCCCGUCGCCGCCCUCCUACCGCCUCCAUAAACUCGCCGGUUUCAAGCUUGUUUUUUGAUAUGAAUUCUAUUAUAGACAUGAUUGACAAUGAUGAUUUUUCGAUAAUCUCUCAAGCUGUUGUUAUAACUAAUAUGAUGAAUAUAGACAAUGAACUUGAGUUAAAUGAAAAUUUGGAAGAUGAAAUUGGAGAGGAAAAUGAUGAAGAAGCACCUUUUGACAACAAUGUUGAAGUACCUUCAACUUUUACUAAUAUGGAAGGAACAAAUUUGAAUAUUGAUGACAAUCGGAUUGGGUUGCAAUCAACGAGUAAGAAUGAUUUCACACGAGAGUUGGGAAAAGAUUCUUUCAAGGAUAAAGAGGAACUUGUUAGAGCAAUCAAGAUCCAUUGCAUUAGGGCACAUAGAGAAUUUGAGGUCAUUGACUCUCACCCAACUAUUUUGACUCUAAGAUGCAAGUUAUACUUACAAUAUGGUUGCAAAUGGAAACUUCAUGCAAGUAAACGUAAACGUAGUGGAUAUUUUGAAAUCACAACUUAUAUCGGUCUGCAUGCUUGUUUGCACUAUAAGCUUUCUCAAGAUCAUCCGAACCUAGAUGCAAGCUUGAUUGCUAUGGAAACUAGGCACCUUAUAAAAGCACAACCUUCUAUCAGUAUUCCUGCUUUGAGAGUUGAAAUAGUUGAAACACUAGGCUAUACUCCUUCAUAUAAGAAGGUUUGGGUUGGAAAGCAAAAAGCAAUUGAACAUGUGUUUGGAAAUUGGGAGAGUCUUAUGUCGCUUUACCAAAAUAUCUAG